AUGCCUGAGGAAAAUAAGUACGAAGUUUUGGAAAAGAUAGGACAUGGCUCAUUUGGUAUCAUUCGAAAAGUCCGAAAUAACAAUACUGGGGAGAUACUUUGUCGCAAGGAGAUCAACUAUAUGCGCAUGUCGCAAAAGGAACGAGAACAAUUACAAGCCGAAUUCGCCAUUCUGUCUUCACUCAAACACCCAAACAUCGUUGGAUACUAUCACCGCGAGCACCUAAAGUCCAGUCAAGAACUUCAUCUUUACAUGGAAUAUUGUGGAAAUGGAGAUCUUGGUAGAACCAUCAAGGAUUUACGAGCAAAUAAUGAAUAUGCAGAAGAAGGCUUCGUUUGGAGUAUAUUUUCACAAUUGGUUUUAGCAUUGUACAGAUGCCAUUAUGGCAUUGAUCCACCAAAAGUUGGAGAUAAUGUUAUGGGUUUGGGAAAUAGCGCCAGACCAAAAAAGCCAGCGGCUGGUGUCAUGAUUCUACAUCGGGACUUGAAACCCGAAAACAUUUUUCUUGGAGAGGGUAACUCGGUGAAGCUGGGUGAUUUUGGUCUUUCGAAAUUGUUGGAAUCUCACGAUUUCGCUUCCACAUACGUUGGGACCCCCUUCUACAUGUCGCCGGAGAUCUGCGCCGCCGAACGAUAUACAUUGAAGUCAGAUAUUUGGUCGCUAGGAUGCAUCAUGUACGAACUUUGCACGCGAGAGGUCCCCUUCAACGCCAAAUCACAUCCCCAGCUGGUGCAGAAGAUCAAAGAAGGCAAAGUCGCACCGAUACCAAACAUAUAUUCACCAGAACUCGCAUCGGUUAUCAAGGACUGCCUUAGAGUCAACCCCGAUCGACGAGUAGACACCGUUACAUUGCUCAAUCUCCCUGUGGUCAGAUUGAUGAGGAAAGAAAAAGAACUUGUAGAGCUUGGCAGGAUCUUGAAGACGAAAGAAGACAAGUUUGAGGCUCAAAAGGCUGCUAUGCGCGCAGAAAUUUAUUCAUCAUUGCGAAGAGAAUGGGAAGCGAAGGCUCAAUUGGAAAUAAAUCGUCAAGUACGAUUACAAACGGAGAACUUACGUAAUCAAUUCGAAGAAGAAGUCCGUAUUCGAGUUGAACAAUCAUCUGUUACAUUUUCUUCGAUGGAUAUUGAGAUGAUCGACCCCUCGCCAAUGCCCAGGAAUUAUCGAAACAUUAUACUAGUCGACAAGGAGAAUGACUCUCCUAUACCUACACGAAAACAAGCAGCAAUGGUUGGACGAACUCUCGUUGAAUUAGCCCAAGCACGUGCUAGCGCAAAAGCGAGCCCUAGCCCUAGCCCUAGCAAAAAGGAAUUAAGAGGAGUAUGGAAUCCAGAAAAGGAUGAUAUGCCAAGUCCUUUCUUAAUUAGAAGUAGAAAGACGAGAUAG